UUGCCAACCAAAGCCAAAGUCUGUCAAAAGCAGCAUUUAAACUGACUUGUGCCAGAGAUAAUAUAUGUUAUUUUUACUCCACUCCAUAAGCCUUUCUUUUGGACUAUAAUAUUACUAUAUGAAUCAUUCCUUCAAUCUCCGUCUUUUGGAAAUCGAGAAAGCUGAAAGAGAGGAGAAAGAAAUAUGUCACGCUUUGGUGCAAACCGGGGCAGAAAGCUGCCUGGUGCUGAGUUCUCGUGGGAUACAGAGGGUGGGGGAGAACCAGAUAACGCACCUACGCCAUUAUUUCCGAAAUACUCAGUACCCAUUGCAAAAUCGCUUACGGAGGAGGAGCGCAGCCAGGUCGACUACUACAGGCAGUUGCGGCAGAUGAUACAUGAUGGACCCUAUUAUACAGUGUUGAGCACGCCGCCGUCAUCACAAAAGGGAGGCGCGGUGGCUGCUCGAAAAGCUCAGUUUGAUCCAUUUCAAGGCAUGGCGACAUACGGACAGAGAUAUUUGAAGAAAACUAGGACAUUGCCAAAACUUUCAGGAAGGCCCUAUGUUAUGAACUUUUUUCCAAAAGAGCUCUGGUCGACCCUUGACCCCAAAUAUGUCGGUUUGCAAGCUGGUGGUGCCAAUGGGUUUGGUUCGCUUUUACGAGGCGGCCAGAAGCGUGGCUUUGAGGAUGACGAGGAGGAUGAAGAUGUCGGUCCGUCUCGGAAGAGAAUAGCAGCUGAUGGAGAAGAGGAUGAAGAAGGAUCAGAGGUUGGCGAGAAACGAAAGCGGGGAGCUGGAGCGGAGGAUGAGGACUUGUUGGAUGAGGAUGAAGAUGGGGGAGAGGAGGAAAUUGUGGAUGAUGAUUUCGAAGAUGAUGAGGAGGAUAUGGGCGGAGAUUAUAACGCAGAACAGUAUUUCGAUGGUGGGGAUGAUGACGGAGAUGGAUAUGAUGGAGGUGGAGAGGGGGAUAAUGAUACGUAUUAAUGAGUGCUGUUUUUCUCAUUUUUUACUAUGGAUGAUGAUUCUCCUCUAUUUAUCUCGUUUAUCUCGUUUCUUUCAAUUUUCUUCAUAUAUGAUACCCGUUUUUCUUUUCUUUUCAUGGAAUAUAGCCAGAUAUGUACAGUAGUGUAUAUCAGAUGGGAUAGCCGGGCUCGAUCAUAACAAAAUGUUCAUGACACUAUUUUGGGAGAUUCCAAGUCUACGCUUAGGCCUGGCGUUUUCCACAAACCAUAUUCGGUAUGCAGCAUAUUUGAACUUUAAUGUAUUAGCUAUAUGACUUCUUAGCACUGCCACAACUUGUCCUUCAGCAUAAUCACCGCAAGGUAAAGGUUAAAAACAUGCCUCUAGGGGUACAAUAUAUGACCCCUACAGGUAGGUAGACACUUCUUACUGGCCCACUUGCCACUUAUUUGGUAAAUUCGCGCCUAAUAUGAGGGCAUAGAUCUGAAUGAAUGAGCCAAA